AUGGAUCCGCCAACUCGUCCUCCCGUCUCCCGCCCACGGGCUCGAGUGCGCCCGCCGCCGCCGGAGGCGCUGCCCAUUGCGGGCUUCGACGACGAGCUGUACGACUGCCUGGACUACUACUACCUGCGUGACUUCCCGGCCUCCGGAGCUGGCCGCAGCAAGGGCCGGACGCGGCGCGAGCAGCAACUGCGCACCAACCACCCGGUGCCCGGCGGCCACGAGCGCAAGGUGGCGCAGAUCCUGAUCAACGCGCAGCGCAAGCGGCGCCAACGCCAGCUGCAACCGCGGCCGCGCACGCGCCUGCCCUGAGAGGGAAACCUGAAAGACCUCUUAAAAGUAUUUUCGCCCGCCACCGAGUUCCUCCAUGUUGGUCAGCAGGCCUUUUUUGACAGUUUUUAAGCUUACCGCUUCAAUCUUUCCUUCCUCACUAAUUAUUAAGGAAGUAGUUUCCAAGUGGGUGUGCCUCUUUAGGGUUUUCAAUUAAAAGAGAACAAG